AUGCAGUACAAGAAGACCCUAGCAUCCGCUGCUAUCGCCGCCUCUGCCAUGGCUGCUUACGUCCCAACUGAGCCAUGGUCUACUUUGACCCCAGGUGCCACCUACGAAGGUGGUAUCACGGACUACGCCUCUACCUUCGGUAUCGCAGUCAUUUCCGCCCCAGCUACUGCCACCCACACCGUUGAAAAGAGAGACGGUGCCUCUCAAAUCGGUGACGGUCAAGUCCAAGCUACAAAGGCCGCUGCUGCCCCAGUCUCUCAAAUCGGUGACGGUCAGAUCCAGGCUGCUACCAAGACUGCCGCUGCCGCUCCAGUCUCUCAAAUUGGUGACGGUCAAAUUCAAGCUGCUACCAAGACUGCUGCUGCCGCUCCAGUUUCCCAGAUUGGUGACGGUCAAAUUCAAGCCGCUACUAAGACUGCCGCUGCUGCCCCAGUUUCUCAAAUCGGUGAUGGUCAAAUCCAAGCCGCUACCAAGACUCUAGCCCCAGCUGCCGUUUCUCAAAUCGGUGACGGUCAAAUCCAGGCUGCUACCAAGACUGCUCAAGCUGUCUCUCAAAUCGGUGACGGUCAAAUCCAAGCCGCUACUAAGACUGCCGCUUCUCAAAUCGGUGACGGUCAAGUCCAAGCUACCGCCAAGCCAACUGACGGUAAAGUCGAAAACAAAUCGCCAACUGACCCAGUCGGCGCCGUCUCCUGUAAGUCCACUGGUACUUUGCAAAUGAACGUCAAGGGCGGUAUCUUGACUGACGGUAAGGGCAGAAUCGGUUCCAUCGUUGCCAACAGACAAUUCCAAUUCGACGGUCCACCACCACAAGCCGGUGCCAUCUACGCUGCUGGGUGGUCCAUCACCCCAGCCGGUAACUUGGCUUUGGGUAAGCAGGACGUCUUCUACCAAUGUUUGUCCGGUGACUUCUACAACUUGUACGACCAACACAUUGGCUCUCAAUGUAACCCAGUUUACCUUCAAGCUAUUGCGUUGACUGACUGUUAA